AUGUCUGAUAUAGUAGAUAACCCGCUUAUUCAAGGAGCCGAAUUAUUGGUUCCAAAAUCUUGGUUUCUAAGACCAUACGUGUGGCCAUUUGCCAUUAUUUAUCCAAUAUGUUUUCAAAUCUAUACUCAACAUUAUGAUACUUAUGUGGUGGGUCCAGAAUGGACAUUUGUAUAUCUGAUUGCCAUUCUUUCCCUUAAUAUGUUGUUCUGGUUAAUGCCUCAUUGGAAUAUUGAAAUUGAUUCAAAAUUCAAUUAUAGUAAGGUUAAUACUAUCGAUGAAGCAAGUUAUAUUAAAAUUACUCCUGCUCCAAAUUCAGGAGUUGGUGAAACUUGUAAAAUCGUUCGUGAAACUUUCCAUGAUGGUGAAAAACAAACUAGUUUCUUAUAUCAAAAGAGAAGACAUAUUUAUCAUGAUUCAAUUGCAAAAUUCUCUCCACCUCAAUUUAAAUUUGAUGAAUUACCAGAAUUAUCGUAUUUUCAAAAUUCAAAAGGUUUAAAAGGUGAUUUGGAAAAAUAUUCAAGAAAUUAUGGUGAUAAUAAAUUCGAUAUUCCAAUCCCAACUUUCUUAGAAUUAUUUAAAGAACAUGCCGUGGCUCCAUUUUUCGUUUUUCAAAUCUUUUGUGUUGCUCUUUGGUGUAUGGAUGAACAAUGGUAUUAUUCAUUAUUCUCCUUAUUCAUGUUAGUAUCAUUUGAAAUGACUACCGUGUUCCAAAGAAGAACUACUAUGGCUGAAUUCCAAACUAUGGGUAUUAAACCUUAUGAAAUUUAUGUUUAUAGAGAUUUAAAAUGGAAACAAUUACAAACUACUGAAUUAUUACCAGGAGAUUUAGUAUCUGUUACUAGAACUCUGGAAGAUAGUGCUUUACCAUGUGAUUUAUUAUUAAUUGAUGGUACUGCUAUUGUUAACGAAGCUAUGUUAUCUGGUGAAUCAACUCCAUUAUUAAAAGAAUCUAUCAAAUUAAGACCUGCUGAAGAAAAUUUACAACCAGAAGGAUUUGAUAAAAACUCAAUUUUACAUGGUGGUACUAUGGCUUUACAAGUUAGUAAACCAGAAAAUCCAAUCAUUGCUAAUGCUCCAGAUGGUGGUGCUUUAGCUUAUGUUAUUAAAACUGGGUUUGAAACUUCUCAAGGUUCAUUGGUUCGUAUGAUGAUUUUCUCAAGUGAAAGAGUUUCUGUUGGUAACAAAGAAGCUUUCUUAUUUAUCUUGUUCUUAUUACAAUUCGCUAUUGCUGCUUCUUGGUACGUUUGGGUUGAAGGUACUAAAAUGGGUAGAGUUCAAGCUAAAUUAAUCUUGGAUUGUAUUCUUAUUAUUACUUCUGUGGUUCCACCUGAAUUACCAAUGGAAUUAACUAUGGCUGUUAAUUCAUCGUUAACUGCUUUACAAAAAUUCUAUAUUUAUUGUACUGAACCAUUUAGAAUUCCAUUGGCUGGUAGAAUUGAUGUUUGUUGUUUUGAUAAAACUGGUACUUUAACUGCUGAAGAUUUAGUAUUUGAAGGUUUAGCUGGUUUCAAACUUGAUGAAGUUCAUCAUUUAUUUAAAUGUGAAGAAGCUCCUGCUACUACUUCUUAUAUUUUAGGUUCUGCUCAUGCUUUAGUUCAAUUAGAUGAUGGUGAAGUUGUAGGUGAUCCAAUGGAACAAGCUACUUUAAGUGCUGCUCAUUGGAAAGUUGGUAAAAAUGAUACUGUUGAAAGAGAAGUUGAAAAUGGUAAAGUUGAAAAGAUUAAAAUCUUACGUCGUUUCCAAUUUUCUUCAGCUUUAAAAAGAUCCGCUGCUAUUACUUCCCUUAAUGUCCUUCCUGGUAAGAAUUUUGUCGCUGUUAAAGGUGCUCCAGAAACUAUUCGUACCAUGGUUAUUGAUGCUCCUGAAAAUUAUGAAGAAAUUUAUAAAUCAUUUACUAGAGCUGGUUCUCGUGUUUUAGCUUUGGCUUAUAAAUAUUUAGAUGCUAAUGUUGUUGUUAAUAAAGUUAAAAGAGAAGAAGUUGAAUCAAAAUUACAUUUUGGUGGGUUUAUUGUUUUCCAUUGUCCUUUGAAAUCUGAUGCUGUUGAAACUAUUAAAAUGUUAAAUGAAUCUUCUCAUAGAAGUGUUAUGAUUACUGGUGAUAAUCCUUUAACUGCUUGUCAUGUCGCUAAAGAAGUUGCUAUUACUACUAAAGAUGUUUUAAUUUUAGAUGCUCCUGAAGAACAUCAUCAAAUUGGUGAAGAAGAUAAUUUAGUAUGGAGAAAUGUUGAUGAAACCAUUAUUAUUCCAUAUAAAUCAUCUGAUGAUAUUGAUCUUGGCUUAUUUAAAAAAUUCGAUGUUUGUAUUACUGGUUAUGCUUUGAAUUAUUUAGCUGAUCAUCAUCAAAUUUUAGAUUUAUUAAAACAUACUUGGGUUUAUGCUAGAGUUUCUCCAAAUCAAAAGGAAUUCAUUUUAACUUCCUUAAAAGAAGCUGGUUAUAGUACUUUAAUGUGUGGUGAUGGUACCAAUGAUGUUGGUGCUUUGAAACAAGCUCAUAUUGGUAUUGCUUUAUUAAAUGGUACUGAAGAUGGUUUAAAGAAAAUUGCUGAAAAUAGAAGAAAUGAACUUCUUCAAAAGACUUAUAGUAAACAAGUUGAACUUAUGGCUAAAUGGGGUCAACCUCCUCCACCUGUUCCUAUUACGAUUGCUCAUUUAUAUCCUCCUGGUCGUUCAAAUCCAAAAUAUUUAGAAGCUUUACAAAAGAAAGGUACUACUAUUACUCCAGAAAUUAGAAAAGCUGUUCAUGCCGCUAAUCAAAUCGACAUUCCAAUUAAAACUAAGUCUGGCUCUGGUAAAGGUGGUCCUGGUCUUGCUGAUGCUUUAUUAGGUGCUUUAGAUGGUGAAAUUGGUGAAGAUGAAGCUCCAGUGUUAAAAUUAGGUGAUGCUUCAGUGGCUGCUCCAUUUACUUCUAAAUUAGCUAAUGUUUCUGCUGUUACUAAUAUUAUUCGUCAAGGUCGUUGUGCUUUAGUUUCAACUAUUCAAAUGUAUAAGAUUUUAGCUUUGAAUUGUUUGAUUUCUGCUUAUUCUCUUUCUGUGUUAUAUUUAGCUGGUAUUAAAUUUGGUGAUGCUCAAGCUACUGUUUCAGGUAUUUUAUUAUCUGUUUGUUUCUUAUCUAUUUCAAGAGGUAAACCAAUUGAAAAAUUAUCUAAGGAAAGACCUCAAGAUGGUAUUUUUAAUAAAUAUAUUAUGGGAUCAAUUCUUGGACAAUUUUUCAUUCAUAUUGUUACUUUGAUUUAUAUUACUCGUGAAAUUUAUAUUUUAGAACCAAGAGAACCAAAAGUUGAUUUAGAAAAGGAAUUUUCUCCAUCUUUAUUAAACACUGCUAUGUUCUUAUUACAAUUAGCUCAACAAGUUUCUACCUUUGCUGUUAAUUAUACUGGAUUACCAUUCAAGGAAAGUAUUACUUCCAAUAAAGGUAUGUAUUAUGGUUUAUUAGGUGUUGCUGGUUUAGCUCUUUCCGGAUCUACUGAAUUCAUGCCAGAAAUCAAUGAAGCUAUGCAAUUCGUUCCAAUGAGUUAUGAUUUCAAAUUUAAAUUAACCGGAAGUAUUUUGGUUGAUUUAAGUUUUACUUGGAUUAUCGAAGUUGUAUUGAAAUAUUUCUUCAUGAAUUCUGCCCCUGCUGAUAUUGCCAUCAGAGAUGAUGAAGAAGAAACAAUUGAAGAAAAAUCAACUUAA